GACUUCCAGACUUCCAGAGUUUGUCCAUUCUCAUCCUCUGGAAUGCAGCAGCUCCUCGAACUUCUCUGUGCAAAGUCAACACAACUGGAUGCGCGCAGAUAGACUCGAAAAACUUACGAUGCACAUCUAUUUAUAGCAACCGAAAAGACUUGACGGACUUUUUUUUUUUUUUUUUUUUUUUUCAUCUGCGCAGUUUUGCCCUAUAAACGUUUAUUCAGCAAUACCUGCAAGUCAGAGGAGAAGUUCGACCUCUGUCGGGUCUGAGGCGGAUCUCCUGCUCCGGAGACAAGCUUGGACUCCAGACUGCAGAGGAUCAUCCAAACUAAAGGAGGACACUCAGAUUUUCUGCGGGCACUGGAGUUGUGAAAGUUGAGAGCGGAUAUGCCGGGCAGAAGGAGCGGAGGGCGGCUGCUGCAGUUGGCCGCGGCUCUGGUGGCUUUACUGUCCGUCUGCAACGCGCUCGGAGACGGAACCGAGCUGGUGGACACCGGGGACGGAGACCUGUUGGCCAAGCAGUCCGAGUCCAGAGCCAGCAGAUCCAAGAGGAGAGGAGGCACGGAUGUCCUCAGAGGACCUAAUGUUUGUGGCUCACGGAACAACGCCUACUGCUGCCCAGGCUGGAAGACUCUGACUGGAGGAAACCAGUGCAUUGUUCCGAUCUGCCGGAGUUCAUGUGGAGAUGGUUUCUGCUCCAGACCAAACAUGUGCACCUGCCCCAACGGUCAGAUCGCCCCGUCCUGUGGAUCCAAAUCAGUCCAACACUGCAACAUUCGCUGUAUGAACGGGGGAACGUGUGCAGAAGACAACUGUCUGUGUCAGAAAGGCUACGUGGGAAACCACUGUGGUCAACCUGUCUGUGAGAAUGGCUGUCUGAACGGAGGACGGUGCGUGGCUCCUAAUCGCUGCGUUUGCACUUAUGGCUUCACCGGCGCUCAGUGUGAGAGAGACUAUCGCACCGGGCCGUGCUUCGCCUCCGUCAACAACCAGAUGUGUCAGGGCCAGCUCACGGGCAUCGUCUGCACUAAGACCCUGUGCUGUGCCACCGUGGGACGGGCCUGGGGUCACCCGUGUGAGAUGUGCCCAGCCCAGCCCCACCCCUGCAGAAGAGGGUUCAUCCCAAACCACCGCACCGGGGCGUGCCAAGAUGUGGACGAGUGCCAGGCCAUCCCCGGUAUCUGCCAAGGAGGAAACUGUAUCAACACAGUGGGAUCUUUUGAAUGUAAAUGUCCUGCUGGGCACAAGUUCAAUGAGAUCUCACAGAAAUGUGAAGAUCUGGAUGAGUGUGUAAACAUCCCAGGCCUGUGUGGUAUUGGUGAAUGUUCCAACACGGUGGGCAGUUACUUCUGUAAGUGUCCUCAGGGCUAUUACACCUCGGUGGACGGCUCCAGGUGUAUUGACGCUCGCGGUGGGUACUGCUACGCCAGUGUUCUGAACGGGCGCUGCGCCAACCAGAACUCACAGCUGUUGACCAAAGUGCAGUGCUGCUGCGACAGUGGGCGCUGCUGGUCGGACGGAUCCACCCCUGAAAUGUGCCCCAUCCGUGGAACAGAGGAGUAUCAGAAACUGUGCAUCCAGUUACCUGAUGGGAACGGUGGGAUACCCAUACCAGGACGUGUCCCAGGGACCCCAGAGCUGCCACAUAUCUACCCUGUCCCAUAUCCAGGCCCUGCUCCUGGUCCUGGUCCUGGUCCUGGUCCUGUUAAUGGUCAAAUUCCCAUUCAAGUCCCAGUUCAUAUCCCAAGUCAAAUUCCACAAUAUCCAGGACUACCUUUACCUCCACCAGUCAUCCAGACUCAGAACAUCACCAACAUGUGCCAGGCCUAUCGGAACCUGUGCCUGAACGGCAGGUGCAUCCCUAUGCCUGGCAUCGGAUACCGCUGCGAGUGCAACAUGGGCUUCAAGGUGGACGGCAGGGGAGAGUGCAUCGACGAUGAUGAAUGUGACAGAAACCCAUGCGCUCAUGGAGAAUGUAUUAACAACCCAGGCUCAUACAUCUGUCAGUGUCCUGCAGGAUUCCAGUCCACGGCUACAAGGACAGAGUGCAGAGAUCUGGAUGAGUGUGUGGCAAACGGUCGUAUCUGCAACAACGGCCGCUGCGUUAACACUGAAGGUAGUUUCCACUGUGUGUGCAACGCUGGAUUUGAAAUCUCAGCCGAUGGCAAAAACUGCCAAGAUCAGGAUGAAUGUCUUAUCAGGAACAUGUGUCUCAAUGGAUUGUGCAUCAACGAAGAUGGAAGCUUCAAAUGUAUCUGUAAACCUGGAUACCUGCUUGACACCAGUGGACGCAUGUGUGUAGACAUUGAUGAGUGUGAGACUCCAGGUAUGUGCAUGAACGGCCACUGUGUCAACACCGAGGGCUCCUUCCGCUGUGAGUGUAUGGCUGGGAUGGCGGUGGGCUUGGAUGGGCGUGUCUGUGUGGACACACAUAUGCGCAGUUCAUGCUACGGCGGAUACAAGCGGGGCCAGUGUGUGAGGCCUUUAUUUGGAGCUGUGACCAAAUCGGAGUGCUGCUGUGCCAGUACCGAGUACGCCUACGGAGAGCCCUGCCAACCCUGCCCACCACAAAGCUCUGCUGAAUUCCUGGCUCUGUGUCCAAAUGGUGUUGGCAUAACGGGUGAUGGCAGAGAUAUAAAUGAGUGUGCACUCGAUCCAGACAUCUGCCAGAAUGGAGUGUGUGAAAACAUGUUAAGGACAUACAAAUGCACAUGCAAUGAAGGCUUUGAGAUCGACCUGACAGGCAAAAACUGCAUCGAUAUCGAUGAGUGUCUGAUGAACCGGCUGUUGUGUGACAACGGUCUGUGCAGGAACACACCGGGCAGCUUCACCUGUCAGUGUCCUAAAGGAUACCGCUUUAACCCGGAGACGGACGUCUGCGAAGACGUGGACGAGUGUGAGUCCAGCCCUUGUAUCAACGGAGACUGUAAGAACAGCCCAGGCUCCUUUUUGUGUUUGUGUUCAAUGGGCAGUUCAUUGGACAGCACUAAACUAGAGUGCAUAGAGACGACCAAGAGCACCUGCUGGCUGAAGAUAGUCAAUGGUCGCUGUGAGGUCAACAUUAACGGGGCUACACUUAAAUCCCACUGCUGUGCAACAUUAGGAGAGGCCUGGAACAGCCCAUGUGCCAAAUGUGAAAAAGAUCCAAUCUGCACUAAGGGCUUUGCUCGAGUCAGAGGGAAUGUCUGUGAAGAUGUGGAUGAGUGUCAAGUGUUUCCCGGAGUGUGCAUCAACGGCAAGUGCAUCAACACACCAGGUUCCUUCUUCUGCCAGUGCCCUCCAGGAAUGACUGUCGAUGUCAGCGGCAGGAUGUGCAUCGACCUGCGUACGGAGCAGUGCUACCUAACCCACGAGGACGAGCGCUGUGGGGCUCCUAUCUCAGGGAAGCACAGAGUAGAUGCCUGUUGCUGCUCAGUGGGCGUGGCCUGGGGCCCUGAAUGUGACGAGUGUCCGGAAAAGGGCACUCCUGAAUAUGCACAGCUCUGUCCACGAGGCCCCGGCUUCUCUCACAGGGGGGACUUCAUCAAUGGCAGGCCCUUUUUGAAAGAUAUUAAUGAAUGCAGAAUGAUCAACACCUUGUGCUCGAAUGGAAGGUGCAGAAACACUAUUGGCAGCUUCCGUUGUCGAUGUGAUAAUGGCUAUGCCCUGGAUUCGGAUGAGAGGAACUGUACUGAUAUCGACGAGUGUCGGAUUUCUCCCGACCUGUGUGGACAGGGCAGGUGUAUAAACACACCAGGAGACUUCGAGUGCGAGUGUUUUGAAGGAUACGAAAGCGGCUUCAUGAUGAUGAAGAACUGCAUGGACAUCGAUGAGUGUGAGAGGAACCCUCUGCUGUGCCGAGGAGGCGAGUGUGUGAACAGCGAGGGCAGCUUCCAGUGCGUCUGCCCCGAGGGUCAUGAGAUCGCACCUGAUGGUUCCGCCUGUCUAGAUAUUAAUGAGUGUGAACUGAGUGACAGGCUGUGCAGGAACGGUCAGUGUGUCAACAUGAUUGGACGUUACCAGUGCGCCUGCGACACCGGAUACAAGUCAACUGAAAACAGACUGGAGUGUGUUGACAUCGAUGAGUGUACCAUUGAAAACGGCGGCUGUGAGACGUUUUGCACCAACUCCGAGGGCAGCUACGAGUGCAGCUGCCACAGUGGAUACGCCCUGAUGCCCGAUCUGAGGAGCUGCACUGACAUCGAUGAGUGUGAGGAGAGUCCAGACAUCUGCGACGGAGGCCAGUGCACCAACACUCCUGGGACCUUCCAGUGUCUGUGCUUCGACGGCUUCAUGUCGUCUGAGGAUAUGAAGACCUGUCUGGAUGUGGAUGAGUGUGAGCUGAACCCAAACAUCUGUCUGAGUGGGAACUGUGAGAACACCAAAGGCUCCUUCAUCUGCCACUGUGACCUGGGAUACUCUGUCCGCAAAGGAACCACGGGCUGCACAGAUAUCAAUGAGUGUGAGAUCGGAGCCCAUAACUGUGACCGACACGCCACCUGCACCAACACGGCCGGCAGCUUUAAAUGCAACUGCGCUCCAGGAUGGAUUGGCAACGGACUCAAGUGCACAGACCUGGACGAGUGUUCCAACGGAACGCACAUGUGCAGCAACAACGCAGACUGUCUGAACACCAUGGGCUCGUACCGCUGCGCAUGCAAGGACGGCUUCUCUGGAGACGGAUUCUACUGCUCAGACAGUGACGAGUGUGCAGAGAACACUAAUCUGUGUGAGAGUGGUCACUGUCUGAACAUGCCGGGCGGUUUUCGCUGUGAAUGUGACAUGGGUUUCAUUCCUACUGCUGAUGGAAAGGCCUGUGAGGACAUUGAUGAAUGUACCUUCGCUGGUAUCUGUGUCAACGGACAUUGCCGGAAUAUUCCAGGCCUUUUCAGAUGUGAAUGCAACAUCGGUUAUGAACUUGACAGAAGCGGAGGAAACUGUACAGAUAUCAACGAGUGUGCGGACCCAACCAUCUGUAUUAACGGAGUGUGUGUGAACAUCCCUGGAAGCUAUCACUGUAACUGCCCCCGAGACUUCGAACUCAACCCCACCCGGGUGGGCUGUGUGGAUACUCGUUCUGGAAGCUGCUAUCUGGACGUCCGAUCCAGAGGAGACGCGUCUGAGAGCCUUGACUGCUCCAAUGAGAUCGGCGUGGGUGUUUCCAAGGCGUCCUGCUGCUGCUCAUUGGGUCAGGGCUGGGGAAACCCCUGUGAAUCCUGCCCCUCCGUCAACUCCACGGAGUACAAGACGCUGUGUCCUGGAGGAGAAGGCUUCAGACCCAACCCCAUCACCGUCAUCUUAGAAGACAUUAAUGAAUGCCAGGAGCUGCCAGGCUUGUGUCAAGGAGGCCAGUGCAUUAACACCUUUGGGAGUUUCCAGUGUGAAUGUCCCCGAGGUUAUGCACUCAACAUAGAGACCAGAGUCUGCGAAGAUAUCAAUGAAUGUGAGCGUCCUGGAAUCUGCGGCCCAGGCCAGUGCUACAACACCAUCGGGAACUACACCUGUAUCUGUCCGGUGGACUACAUGCAGGUCAACGGAGGGAACAACUGCAUGGACAUGAGGAAGAGCUACUGCUACAGGAACUUCUACUCCGACAACAGGACGUGCGAUGGAGAACUCACCUUUAACAUGACCAAGAAGAUGUGCUGCUGCUCCUACAACAUCGGCCGUGCGUGGAACAAACCCUGUGAACAGUGUCCUGUGCCCAGUACCGAUGAAUUUGCCAUCCUGUGUGGCAGUGAGAGACCAGGGUAUUACAUCGAUAUCACCACUGGACGAGUGAUUGAUAUUGAUGAGUGCAGGGAAAUCCCAGGAGUGUGUGAGAACGGAGUGUGUAUCAACAUGAUCGGCAGCUUCAGGUGUGAGUGUCCCAUCGGCUUCAUCUACAACGACAAACUACUGAUAUGUGAAGAUAUUGAUGAAUGCCAGAAUGGGCCGGUGUGUCAGCAGAAUGCAGCCUGUCUGAACAUGCCGGGAAGUUACCGCUGCGAGUGCAAGUCCGGAUAUCGCUUCACACCCACUGGACAGUGUCUGGACCGUAAUGAAUGUGUAGAGAACCCUAGCGUUUGUAAUCCUGGUCAGUGCAUCGACACGUUGGGAAGUUUCCGCUGCAUCUGCCCCAACGGCUUCAAAACCACCCGGGACCAGUCCAUGUGUGUCGACACGGAUGAGUGUGAGCGACAACCCUGCGGUAACGGCACCUGUAAGAACACCGUGGGCUCCUACAACUGUCUGUGCUACCCCGGCUUCCAGAACUCACACAACAGCGACUGCAUAGACGUGGACGAGUGCUCAACCCAAAGAGGCCUGUGUCGAAACGGCCAGUGUGUGAACACGGUGGGCGCCUUCCUCUGCGUGUGUCAUGACGGAUACGAACUCUCCCUGGAUGGAAGGCUGUGUGUAGAUAUCAAUGAAUGUGCCGUUAAUCCAGGAACGUGUGGAGCAGGAACGUGUCUGAAUCUGGAUGGUUCGUACAGGUGCAUCUGCCCGCCGGGCUACUUCCUCCAUGAGGAAACCUGUGAAGAUAUUGACGAGUGCUCCCAGUCACCUGAGAUGUGUCUGUUCGGCACAUGUUCCAACACCGAGGGCAGCUUCACCUGCCUGUGUCCUGAGGGCUUCCAGCUCUCCGCCUCCGGACGCAGAUGUUUGGAUAACCGUGUGAACUACUGCUACACCAAGUUUGAGAACGGCCGCUGCCUGGCUCCAAAGCCUCAGAACACGUCCAAAGAAGCAUGUUGUUGUACCGUGAUGCCGGGUCAAGGCUGGGGAGACCCCUGUGAGAUCUGCCCCAGUAAAGGAGAGGAGGGGUACACUCUUCUGUGUCCCAAUGAGGGAUAUCAGCGUGGGGACGAUGAUGACCACCCUAAAGAUAUUGAUGAGUGCCUCAAUGACCCUUGCGUGAAUGGCCAGUGCAUCAACACAGACGGCUCUUUCCGCUGUGAAUGUCCAAUGGGAUACCGGCUGGACAUCAGUGGCGUCACAUGUAUAGACACAAAUGAGUGUGACAUCGGUAAUCCCUGUGGGAACGGCACCUGCACCAAUGUGAUUGGAGGAUUCGAGUGUGCCUGUGAUGAUGGAUUUGAGCCUGGUCCAAUGAUGACCUGUGAAGACAUUAAUGAGUGUGCCCAGAACCCUCUGCUGUGCGCCUUCCGCUGCGUUAACGUGGUGGGCUCGUAUGAAUGUAAAUGUCCGACGGGCUACGUGCUGCGGGAGGACAGGAGGAUGUGUAAAGACCAGAAUGAGUGUGAGGAUGGUGUGGAUGACUGUGCCAGCAGAGGCAUGACCUGUAAAAACCUCAUCGGUACAUACAUGUGCAUCUGUUCCCCUGGAUACACUCGACAGCCUGGAGGAGAAGGAUGCAUUGAUCUAAAUGAGUGUGCAGCCAAACCAGGCAUCUGCAAGAACGGCCGAUGUGAGAACACAGUGGGAAGUUACCGCUGCAGAUGUGACCAAGGGUUUGUCGCAAACCCCACACAGACGGAAUGUAUCGAUAACCGGGAGGGCUUCUGUUACACAGAGGUCCUGACCACGCUGUGUCAGAUGACGUCCAGUAACAGGAACAUGGUGACCAAGUCGGAAUGCUGCUGCGACGGCGGCAGAGGCUGCAGUAACUGUGAGCUCUGUCCUCUGCCUGGAACCACCCACUACAAAAAGAUGUGUCCUCUGGGACCGGGCUACACCACCGACGGCAGAGAUAUUGAUGAGUGUCGUGUGAUGGGGAACCUGUGCAAAAACGGCCAGUGCAUCAACGCCUUAGGUUCCUACAGCUGCACCUGCAAACAGGGCUACACCACUGACAUCAGCGGCACUCAGUGUGUGGACGUGGACGAGUGCAUACAAGCACCAAAGCCCUGUAACUUCAUCUGUAAGAACACAGAGGGAGGCUACCUGUGCUCCUGCCCCAGAGGAUACAUCCUGCAGGAGGAUGGGAAGAGCUGCAGAGAUUUGGACGAGUGUUCGACUAAACAGCACAACUGUCAGUUCUUGUGUGUCAACACCAUCGGUGGAUUCACCUGUAAAUGUCCUCCAGGUUUCACGCAGCACCACACCGCCUGCAUUGACAAUAAUGAAUGUGCCUCGGACCCGAACCUGUGUGGUUCCAACGGCGCCUGCCAGAACACCCCCGGCAGCUUCAACUGCGACUGUCAACGGGGGUUCUUGGACCCCAGUGGACAGAGCUGUGAAGAUAUGGACGAGUGCGACGGUAACCACAGGUGUCAGCACGGCUGUCAGAACCUGGUGGGCGGGUACCGGUGCAGCUGUCCACAGGGUUACCUGCAGCACUACCAGUGGAAUCAGUGUGUUGAUGAGAACGAGUGUCUGAACACUCAGAUAUGCGGGGGGGCGUCGUGCCACAACACCCUGGGAAGCUACCGCUGCCUUUGUCCACUGGCUUCAAACUACGAGCAGAAUAACGGAGGCUGCAGCGACGUCAACGAGUGUUCCACCGCCCAGAACCCCUGCAAGUUCGGCUGCUCCAACACCGAUGGGGCUACCUCUGCGGAUGCCUCCCCCGGAUACUUCCGUGCCGGACAAGGACACUGCGUCUCUGGUCUGGGCUUCACCAGUGGAGGCUCCAGCACUGACCAAGGAGCUGAAGAAGACGAUAAUUCUCUGAGUCCUGAAGCCUGUUACGAAUGUAAGAUCAAUGGCUACCCCAAGAAGGGACGCAAAACGCCGCAGCACCAAUUCCACUGAGGAGACACUCAGCUGUCUGAUAAUGCCAUCAGUCUGGCCAGUGUGGACAUUGAGGACACCCAGUUCCACCUGAACAUCAGCGACCUCAGUAACCGCGACCACAUCCUGGAGUUCACGCCGGCGCUGUCCACGCUCAGUGACCACGUGCGCUACAGCAUCGACUAUGGCAACGACGACGGACACUUCAAGAUCAACCAGCGAGAGGGCGUCAGCUACCUGCACCUGAGCAGAAAGAAGAGCCUGUCCCCGGGGGCGUACUCCCUGCAGAUCAGCAGCGUCCCCCUGUUCAGGAAGAAGGAGCUGGAGCAGCUGGAGGAGCGCCACGAUAAAGACUACCUCACAGGACAGCUGGGAGACGUACUGAAGAUGAGGGUGCAGAUCGUCCUCCAUUAACCAGCAGCAGCACAGAGAACAGCUGCUAACCCAGUGUCAGGCUCAAAUACCCCCACC